UUCAACGUGAACCACACAGCAUCCUCAACCAACACCACCCUUUUUACUCCGACCCAUCUACCUUUCAGCCUCGACGAUUAACGGCGCAUAGCGAAUCGGGCCUCGACGACUCUUAGCAAAACCGCCCACGAUGAUUCGCAAACAGGCGCGACAGCGUCGCGAUUACCUCUACAGAAAGGCGCAGAUUCUGAAGGACGCGGAGACCGGAGAAAAGCGCGCUCAGCUACGUUCUGCGCUCGCUGCUGGAAAGCCACUCGAUCCCGAAAUUGCACGAGACAAGACGCUUCGCAAGGAUUUCCAGUAUGACCAGUCCAAGCCAGAGCUAAGCGCCCAGGAGGAGAUGGACUUGGACGACGAGUACUCGAUGUUGAGCGGUGUCUCAGAGCCCAGAGUUCUUGUGACAACCUCGAGAGACUGUUCCAGCCGUCUUGCUGCAUUUUCCAAGGAGAUAAGGCUGCUCCUGCCGACGUCUGUACGCCUCAAUCGUGGAAACUUGAUUCUCCCAGAUUUGGUGCAGUCAUGCAAAUCUAAUGCGCUGACUGACCUCGUACUAUUGCACGAACAUCGCGGCAAUCCGACGGCACUCACAAUCAGCCACCUACCGCAUGGGCCGACAGUCAGCUUCAGUCUGCACAACGUUGUUCUUCGUCAUGACAUUCCUGGAAGCAUUCGAGGCAGCGUCUCCGAAGCAUACCCCCAUUUGAUCUUUGAGGGCUUCAAGAGCCGCCUUGGGCAAAGAAUAGUAAAGGUGUUGAAGCACCUUUUUCCUCCACGCGACCCAAUCUCUAGCAGAUCAAAAAUUGGGAACAGAGUAGUUACCUUCCUAAACAACGAGGACAGUAUCGAAGUCAGACAUCACGUUUUCGUCCGAACGUCGUAUGACUCCGUCGAGCUUGCCGAGGUUGGACCACGAAUGACCAUGAGACCCUUUGAGAUCCGUGGCGGCACCCUCGACUCGAAGGAAGGAGAUGUAGAAUGGCAUCUCACCCACUACACACGUACUGGCAGGAAGAAGGAGUACUUGUAAGGGUGCGGCGUCGAUCAACGGUCGUGCCAGCAGUUCCAGAGGCCCGAAGGUCUUGAUCGUAUACCGUCAGAACGGUUGACAGACAUCGUACAAUCGAUGGCUUCGCGUGGUUUGUCAGCAGCAACCGCGGAAAGGAUCGCUCUAUACAUCUUCAGAGGUGGCUCUUUGGAGCCAGUAGGGGCUUUCAGCCUUGGAGGUUGUACCUACAUCUGCCGUCACCCCUUUGCCUCCGGAGAGGAGCGGCGCCAUGAAUUGCGUGGUCGUGAGGACGAGACGCGAUGGAAGAUACAGACAUUAUGUCGAAGAUAUCAGAAAAUGGACGCAAGGGUUAUUCGAAAGAGCAGUUCAGGCCAUGUAUACCGGGCAGUCUGGCAAGGUGCAGGGGUAUAUAUGUAUGCAUGAGGAAGAGAAGUGAUGGGUCACUUGACGAAGAGUUAAAAUGAAGUGUGCAUGUUCUACUAUGAGCACAGUUGAUCGACUCUGAAGUUGUUAAUUACCAAGA